AUGCGCAGCGGAGGACCGGACGCUGCUGGCAUGGAAGCUCGUCGAACACGAAAUGGCAGAAAGGAGCUGUCCCAGGUGCCGAAAGCUUUCGUAAACCAGAGUCUGCACAUCUGCUCAGAAACGGAGCCGGACACGACGAGCGGCUCGGACACGGACGACACCGCCGAAACGAACGAGCACAGGCGCCAGCCGGAAGUCGAAACACCUUAUUCGGCACGCAAGUUGCACACACGUACUGCUGAACACGCUUGGGAAGCUGGCGAAAGCACGCCUCCUGGCAGCCUCCGCAGACAGGCGCUCCCCUGGGAGCAGAGGCGCGUUCGGAGCCGACCAGUCGACACAGCAACCGGCGACGGAAGCACUGCCCUCCAGGGUUUGCGCGGAGGACACAGCCUUAGGGAAGUCCGCGCGAAAAGCGACGGGUUACUUCAGAAACUGCGCUCUUUUGCAGUCAGAGCGGUUUUUACGCUCGUCAUGCUCACGAUUUUCACUCGCAUUGUCUACCUGGGGCACCAGAAAGUUGCCUUGAUGGUCUUUGUGCUGCAAGCACUCAUUGCGAAGGAAGUGCUUUCCAUUGGAUAUCUGCAGGCCAGCAAACGCCGCAUUCCGCUCUUUCGGACGAUCAAUACAUGGUUCCUGCUUAGUGCGAUGUACUUCAUUUACGGGAAACGCACGCUGAGUCACUUUUACGACAAGAGAUUCGCGUUCAUGACAAAGCGACCGCUCGUAUUCUUACUCAUGCACCAUACGUUCGUCUCGUUUUGGCUCUUCCUUAUCGGCUUCAUGAUGUUUGUGCUCUCACUCCGCCCGGGAUGCUAUCGCCACCAGCUGAAUGAGUUCGCUCGUAUGCUUAUGCUGCUUUUAGUGGUCGUUGCGCAGGCGAACUUCAUCAUCUUCAACAUCAAAGAGGGUCUCAUCUGGUUUCUGCUGCCGGCACUGAUGAUCAUCACUAACGAUAUCAUGUCCUAUUGUGUGGGGUUCUUUUUCGGCCGCACACGAUUGACCGCGCUGUCGCCGAAAAAAACCUGGGAGGGCUACAUCGGGGGCGCCAUUUUCACUUUCGUUGCCGGUAUUCUGCUCACCCAUCACCUCUCACGCUUUGAGUACAUGGUCUGUCCCAAGACUGAUUUUGGCGAUUGCGAUAUCCUUCGGCCGGAUCCACCGCUCCACUGCAGUGUCCCGCCGACGUUUCUUCCCCAGCCUUUUGCGGUUCCCAGCUGGGCUCGACCGUUUCUCAAGCGUGACGUUCUGUUGAUCAAACCGAUCAUCAUUCAUGGGAUGGUGCUAGCGGCAUUUGCCUCGACUUUGGGGCCAUUUGGGGGAUUCUUUGCCUCAGGCGUUAAGCGGGCCUUCCGAGUGAAGGAUUUCGCGGACCUGAUUCCCGGCCAUGGUGGAGUAACGGACCGCAUGGACUGCCAGCUUCUCAUGGGCGCUUUCACUUUUGUGUACCGACUCAACGCGGUUAGUGUCUCGGCACCAGACGUGGGAAACUUACUUGCCUAUAUCGCGGACCUGAGCUUCCAGGAACAGCUUGAACUGCAUCGAGCACUAUCCUCUAUGCUUGAGAGCCGCGGUCUCAUCAGGUCCGCGCAAUGGAGCGUGCCUUCAGGGAACGCUUCCGUAACAUGA